ACUAUUCGAGAGAAGGGUGGAUAUUCUCUCUAGGGGAUACAUUGUAACAAUUAAGAAACGUACGUAGCCCGUAAUCUAGGUUACAUUUUAACAAUCUAAAUUGUAACUAUUUAAAAUUAUAUAGUUGAAAAUUGUAGCCAUUAGCCAACAAAUGCUUAGCCACACGACAGUGCAAUUUAAUUAUCAAGAAGUGCUCUAGUAGGAAGUUGACUUUCACCUCAUAGGCUACGAAAAGGGGGCUUUCUCAGAAAGGGAAACACGUAAUGUAACCCAGGCUACUUCAAUAGCAGUGUUAAUAGAUCGGACGAAUUGUCAACGAGAUUUCAAAGAAAAUGUCGAUCUCACUUCUGACUGUCUUUCUUGCGGAAGCAAUACUCUGCACAGUUUCAGGUGAACAGCUCUACAGAAAAGUGGGAGGUGAGCUCGUGUUGACGCCUGACAAGUCCACAGUGACUGACGCCAUCACAAGCAUCCUGUGGAAGUAUGGGAAGAACAAGCUGGCAGAGUGGGACAAGGAUUUUGGUGGUCUGGACAUCUAUGGUGCCUUCAAAGAGCGUACAACCCUGGACCAGACUACUGGAGAGCUGAGAAUCAGUGGAUUGAAGAAAACAGACAGUGGAGUUUAUUCUGUGGAAUUCGACAGCAAACUGCUUAACAAGACAUAUACAUUAUCUGUUCUCAAGGCAGUCCCCAAACCCCAAAUCACUUCUUCCUGUAACUCAGACAAAACCUCCUGCAAUCUGACCUGUGAAGGUGACACCACUGAUGCUGAACCAGUCACCUACAGCUGGAAACGGGGAGAGAGGGCGUGGGAGGUCUUAGACAAACAGAUUCAUGUCAGUAAGAGCGACACUGGCAAAUCAACCAACAGUUACACGCACUUCUGCAAGAUGAGGAACUCUGCUGGGGAAGGUGAAGUCAGCGAGCCAGUGGUGUUAGGCUCAGAUGGCUGGUUGACCAAGGCCAGGUUCAUUGGUAUUUCUGUCUUUGUUCUUGCUGUUGCUGGAGUUCUAUUGUUCAUUUUUGGUCAUAGAGCUAAAACAGGAGUUUGGAUCUAUGAGAAAGAAUCAAUGCCAUGGAAAGGAGAAUUCUGGAAAAGCCAGAGAGAAGUGGGACCUAAGGUAGCCUUGGCGAGGAGAAAUGAUCAUAAAGAUGAUUCGGUAUUGUAGGACGCUGUGGAUCUGUGGGCCAUAGGAUCAGUGUGGAUCAAGAGAAACAAACAUCUAGACAACGAGCACUGGAUGACAAAAAGAAUGUUACAUCCCGAUCUGAGAAAUAGAGGUCAAUUUGAGUUACAGAUGUAGGAUCUUAAUUUGAGCUAAGCUGAGUUUGUUACUGCAGGAAAAUAGUCCUGCAGAAAGAACUUUUAAUUAUAUGGAUUAUAAUACAGUUUGUAGGGGUUAAGAUUGAUUUUAUUUAACUAGGCAAGUCAGUUAAGAACAAAUUCUUAUUUUCAAUGACGGCCUAGGAACAGUGGGUUAACUGCCUGUUCAGGGGCAGAAUGAUAGAUUUGUACCUUGUCAGCUCAGGGAUUUGAACUUGCAACCAUCCGGCUACUAGUCCAACGCUCAAACCACUAGGCUACCCUGCCGCCCCUAUAUAUAUUUUUUUUGUACAGGAAAAUCAAGUCAGAAGUUUCAAAGUGGAAAUUACUAAUUUCAGAAGCCCUUUUAAGCCUUGAGUACAUUACAAGUUUUACAUGCUUAGGGCCUCCCGAGUUGCGCAGUGGUCUAAGGCACUGCAUUGCAGUUGCUAGCUGUGCCACUAGAGAUCCUGGUUGAGUCCAGGCUCUGUCGCAGCCGGCCGAGACCGAGAGACCCAUGGGGCGGUGUACAAUUGGCCCAGCGUCGUCUAGGUUAGGGGAGGGUUUGGCCGGCCGGGAUGUCCUUGUCCCAUCGCUCUCUAGCGACUCCUGUGGUGUAUUAAUGGCAUGUAAACACCUUAAUCUCACUUCCAGUGGUGUAUUAAUCGCAUGUAAACAUCCUAAUCUCACUUCCAGUGGUGUAUUAAUGGCAUGUAAACAUCCUAAUCUCACUUCCAGUGGUGUAUUAAUGGCAUGUAAACACCUUAAUCUCACUUCCAGUGGUGUAUUAAUGGCAUGUAAACACCUUAAUCUCACUUCCAGUGGUGUAUUUGAUCUGCACAUGUGCUAUCAUGAGCAGCGUGAACCUCCUUUUUUGGCACAGGUGAAGUGAGUUUGGAAAAUCUGAAAGUAUGCAUAGUUUUCACAUGCAAACAUUAUAUAGUAUGUCCAAACUCUGAAUCAGAUAAGCUUCCCAAAAAUGAUAUGAUCGAUGUGAUAGAACGUUUAUGUUGAUUGGUCAUUUUCAGGUUGCCUGUAUAUGACCUGUCCACCGGAUUGUAGAGGAAAUCGUUCUUCUCGCAAAGCAUGUAAAUGUUAGAAACAAACUAUUAUAUUAAUCAGAGUAUUAACACGAAUCAUGUUAUUGAAUGCAUAUAAACAUACCUGUUGUUACAUGAAAUACGAUAGUUUGCAAAAAUACUGAAUUUAAAGUUUGCGCUUAUGUAGAAAUAUGCAGUUGGUACAUUUACAUUUACAUUUAAGUCAUUUAGCAAACGCUCUUAUCCAGCGCGCAAUUGCUCAAACUAAAGCCAUGUGCCUUUAAAGCCUGCUCACACUUCUACUCUGCCAGUGUGUAUCUCUGUGUAUAUCUCUGUUCUUUCUUAACCUAUGUGAGAACAAGUUUACUGCAGUACUAGCAAACUUUAUAAUGACAAUCUUAAAAUGUGUGAUGUGAUUGCAAGAUCACUGCCUUACUUCUCAUAAUCAAUAAUAGUAAAGUCCAUUUUUACCCAGUGCUGUCGAAUUGGAAUGUAAAUAUCCUAUCGUUUUACAUGUUUAUUUCCUGCAUCUAAAACCAAUGUUGAUUUUGUGUUGAAUGAAUGUAACAUUUGCAUAUAUUUCUAUAGAGACCAAGGCCUCAGUUCUGUACAUGUUGUGAGAGUGAAGUCUUUUAAACAGAAUUGCAAAACUGUCACACUUAGAACUUAGUUGUAAUAAAGCAGUGGUUUUCUUUUUAA